CACGUGUGAAGUUGAUUUCCUUCUUCUCAGAUACAGUGUGCACAUCUACUUUGUAAACUCUCUUUUCCUUGCUCAUUGACGAAGACAAGGUCAGACGCAUCUACGAUUAACUUUCACUUCUCCCAGUGAAACCAAUUCAACGGUUCACAUACUACCGCCCGUUUCAUUGUUCCGGUAACCCGGUUUUCGAUUGAGAAGAAAGAAGGACUUUGGGUACGAGAUCGGAGACGAGAACGUAAAGCAAAAAGAAAUCAAGAAUCAUGUCUGGAUACGGAUACAACCAAGGUGGGGGCGGAGGAUACGGGCAACAGCCUCCUUACCAGGGAGGAGAAGCCAGCCAGUACUACGGCGGUGGUGGACAGGGAGGACCACCACCUCAAGGCUAUCCCCCACAACAGGGCGGAUACCCACAGCAGGGCGGAUAUCCACCACAAGGCGAAUACGAUUCCUCUGCACCUCCUCAGUACCAGCAGUACCCCUCUACCGCCUCGCACUCAUCCAACUCGGGCCGCAACUCGCACAACCAAGGCUACCAGAACCAGUUUGGCGGAGAAGGUGACCCAGAGGGUGAGCGUGGUAUCAUGGGCGGUCUCGCUGGUGCAGCAGCAGGAGGCUACGGCGGCCACGCACUAGGCGGCAAAUCCGGUCACGGUACCGCUGGCGCCAUUGUAGGAGCCCUCGCCGGUGCCUUUGCCGGCUCCAAGACCCAAGACGCCGUCGGCGAGCGAUGGGACGAGCACAAGGAAAAGAAGAAGGAAGAGGAAGACCGACGCCGCUGGGAGGAAGAAGAAGAACGCCGUCGUAAAUACGGCGGAGGAGGCGCCGCUGCCGCUGGCGCUGGCUUCGCACAUGGUCAAUCCCACUCCUCGCACGACCAACAACGCUCCGCCGGCGACUUUGGCGGCAACUUCUCCGCCUCGUCCCAAGACAUCCGUCUCGACGCCCACGGCGACUACGUCCUGCACGCCCAGUGCCGCCGUGCCGACGGCUCUGUCCAAGCCUCGUCCAUCCCGCUGAACCGCUACCUCGCCAACGACGACGGUUCCUUCCGCUGGUCCGGCUCGUCCACCGACCGCAGCUCCGGCAGCGAAAACACAUACACUGUCCAGCAAGGCGACACUCUACGGGCUAUUGCCUCGCGCUACUCGCACUGCUCGUUCGAGGAGCUCGCACGCCACAACAACAUUGCCAACCCCGAUCAGAUUUGGCCAGGCCAGAACUUGAGGAUUCCAACCGGAGGUGGUGGUGGUAGCUCCGGCGGCUUUGCGUCGUCGGCGCGCAAUGUGAGGUUGGUUGGUGGCGGGCAGAGACUCGAAGCUGAGCUCGAGAGUCGUGGCGAGUGGAGGCUCAGGGAGAUUAAUCUUGACGAGAGGAUUAGCAAUCGGGAUGGAUGUUUGGUCUUUGUUUAAGGGGCAAUUCCCAUACAAAAUUCCAUGGAUUGCAUCUCUUCUCAUGAUGAGAUAGUCGGCGCGGGGGGGGGGACUUUUUUUUUUGUUGGAGAUGACCAAAAAAAAACAAAAAGUUGAUGUCGGCUAAGAAAACUUAUGACUUUAUUAUCAUGUAACUACGCGUUAAAUCGUCUUGACUGUGUUUCUUUACACAAACAUUGAAAUCCCCUCGGUAGACACCCCAUAACCUUUUUCAUCUCAUCCGCAUCCCAUGUACUUGACUAACAUCAUCGACC